ACGUCAGCAGGAGCGUUACCGACGCAGAUGUGUUCAACUCAUGUAACAACCGGCUGUCUGUGAGCACCAGGGCUUCAUUUCACCUCUGUACUGUAAGUGGACCUUAGGGAAACCGAGACUGUCAUCUUCCGAGUACUGUACAACCAACACAUUUGGAUAAAACCGUUUAAGGGAACAAGGUGCCUCUCGGGGGGGGGGGAGAAAAAGCUAACAGUAGUUAGCUUAGCUAGCAUAGCUGGUGAACUUUUACCAUCGCAGCUCAUUGGGUAACGUUCAACUUCAUCCAACUCGAGCUAGGUAGCCAGUCAGGUAAAGCCUCAACACAAGGGACGGACUUUGAACUCCACACAUUUCAGGUGUGCGAGCUGCCAGAGAGGAGCAGCACUGACGGAGUAUUAGUUCGAGGUCAUUGUGUACCGUCCGUAGCCAGCUGCUGUCCGGAAACUUCACGGCUCACAGACAUGAAGAGCCUCCCGUACUUCUGCAGAGGAGAGGUCAUUCGGGGUUUCGGGAGAGGAAGCAAAGAACUGGGAAUUCCUACAGCCAACUUCCCUGACUCAGUGGUGGACAAUCUUCCAGCAGAUAUCAGCACAGGGAUUUACUACGGCUGGGCCUGUGUUGGUAAUGGUGAUGUCUACAAAAUGGUGAUGAGCAUUGGCUGGAACCCGUACUACAAAAACACCAAGAAGUCCAUGGAGACCCAUGUGAUUCACACAUUCAAAGAGGACUUUUAUGGAGAGAUUCUCAGUGUUGUCAUGGUGGGCUACAUCCGUCCAGAGAGAAGCUACGACUCACUUGAAGCCCUCAUCACAGCCAUCAACAACGACAUUGAGGAGGCCAAACUCAAGCUUGAGCUCCCAGAGCAUCUCAAACUGAGAGAAGACAACUUCUUCACCAGUGCUCCCAGCUUGUCUUCAUCCAUGCCCCCCACCACAGCAACAACGUCACAGACUAUUAUGAAUGGUCACUGACAGCUGGCUGUGACUGCAACACACACACACACACACACACACACACACACACACACACACACACACACACACAAAAAAAAACCAAGAUAAACCAUGAUAAGGAGUACGAUUCUGCCUUCAGGUGAAAGGUAAAAAGAAGUAGAAAAACACAGCGCUUUUUAUAUACACACAGGUGCGUGUAUGCACUCAUUAAAAUGCACAGCCUCAUUCUGAGAUCUAUGUGCUGUCACCAUGGCUGCACAUUGACAUUAUCAUAAACAACCAUAAACAUUUUUUUUUAUUGUAUUUCUAUUUUACUUUGUCAAUUUGUCUGUGUUUAAAGCGCUGUUAAUCUUCCUGUAUUGGUUUGUGGCAGAUAUCCAACCACUUAAUAGAUUAUGUUUAUUUGUAUAUAUUUGCACCAGAUUGCCUCAUCUAACAGCAUAACUGUGUAUGAAGCUCUUGGGCCUCACUAGUCCUGCUGUUUAUUUAGAACCUUUUAUGUGACAAGGUACCUAAAAAUACAGCAUACACAAAAUACAAGCAGUUUUGUAACAACAUGUACAUAAAGAAUGACAUACAUGGACCGUAAUUUCAACUGUGUGAACACUAUCUAGCCAAGGUUGAAAAAGCAGCACUUACUUAUUUAGUUUGUCCGAUUUGUUUCUGCGUCAGAUGGUAAGAGAGAAAGUCUGGGCAUUAUUAUCUGUAACAAAAAGACUGAUCGCACCAUUGGAUGACUUUAUGCAACAAUGUGGCUAAAUGCAAGGCAUCUGUGUGAAGACUGAGAUUAAAUUAUGGAAGUAUGUAAAUUUAAUGUUAAACAAUCCUUGUCUUUUGUGACACAAGCCCUCUACUGUCUGUCACUGCCCUAAAAAUGAAUGACUCUUACAUUGGGCCAGAGAUUGGAUUUUGAGCUUUUGAUGCAUUAUACAGAUAAAAUCUGGUGGACAGAAAUUAUUUAAUAAACAUUGUUAUUUAAUGAACUGUGUACAAACAUGAUUUAAGGAAAGAUUUAAAAUAAUUUAAACAUAUUCGGUGUCUGGAUUUGCGUGGUACUCUCUCGACACUUAACACUUUCCAUUAUCAGCCUGUUUGGUUGAUGGAGAAUUGUAGAUUAAAUGGGGGGAUAAUCAAGCAAGUUGUUAUGCACCUCGGUUAAGCUUGCCCGAUGUUCAGACCUACAGUCUCUGUGGGUUUGUUACUGAUAGUAAAACAUAGAUGUGAUGAAUAAUCCUGUUCCCCACCAUGAUAUUUCCAAAGGGCAAGUCUUUGAAGUGUAUGGACACACAUUUAUACCAUAAAAAUGGGAAAGGGUGAUCAUGCAGAAGUCUGAACAGAUAACCAACAAUACGCAUAAUAUUCCAUAUCUAUAUGUAUUUCAUUUCAUGGGGUAUUUUGCACCUGUUUAGCUUUUACAAAAAAGACACAAAACUUUCUAACAUACAAGUACAAGUGUGUAAAGUUCUUUGAACCCCUGUAAAUAAUUGUUUUAAAUGAAUGAACCAUAUGAGUCUACCUAUGUGAUUUGGGAUUUUAAAGUCUGUAUUGUGAUUUAGCUGAAGUGUUAUUUAGGGAGCAAAUACGUGACUGUAAUAUACGAAUGUUGACACUUAUCAUGCAACAGUAGCUGUCAUCCUUUCACAAGAAGAGCAUGGCUGUUUCUUACAGGUACCUUUCUGUUCUCAGCAUGCUAGUUUUUGUAUGUUUACUUUUAAUCAGUUUACUUUCUUUACUGAGAGGAAAAUAUAGUUUCUAAAAGCUGGAAAAAGGUUCCAACUGAAUUAGUAAAAGAACCAAUACAGGAAGCAGUACUUCACUAUAACUAUGUUGACAAAUUCACUGCUAUAUAAAACUUUUCUUUAUGUUGAAUAUUACACUAUCACUUUCAUUCUCUAUAGUACUUCAUGUACAGAAGAAAUAUCACUGUUACUUUGAAAUGUAAUGUGCUGCUUCAAACCUGUCAAAGAUUUCAUAACCUUUACACAAUUGACCCCUACCCUACAUUGCUGCAGUAUGUUUUACAGACUCAUUUGUUGUCAUUUUCUGUUCUAGUUUACACAGGGACCAAGGUUACUGUAUGUAUAGUUAAAGAUACAACACGACUUUUUGUUCUCUCAUUCUGGUGUUAUAUAUAAUUUAAUCGAUUAAAUAGUUUGAUCAA